AUUCCUCCCUUCUUUCAGCCGGUCUCCUCCAGAAAACAUGGCGGAGGUCAGGCACUGUGCGGGAAGGGGAGCGUGUGAAUUUGGACUUGAAAUGUCUAAACUCUACCUUCUGCAGAACCGAAUCCGACUCGGAACAAAGGCGGUACACCCUGGCUCUGGGUUUCCGUUUGAUGACAAUGAAAACCGUGAGCGGAACGGAGCUGGAAGAGCAGCGGAGCGGGCAGCUGCUGCUCGGGACGGUUAUACAAAGUUGAGCCCGCUGCCGGGUGGAGCAGAAACCGGUCCGGAGAAGCGAGACACGCCUAAAAAACGCUGUUUUCUGGGACAUAAGAAUGAUUUAUGUUCAAAUGGGUCUCUGACAGAAUUCACUAAGCGGAAUGUUCCUCCGUAUCGGAGAUGUGAGCAGUUGUGGAGGACUUUGUCCCUCUUUCCCCCGAGCCGAAGUCUGCAUCUGGUUCCUGGAUCUCUUCCGUUUGUUUUCAAUAGAAGCUACAGCGGAAACGGAUCCAGAUCUGAUCCGCUGUACAAAACCAAAACCGGCUACUACGAUGUCCUAGAAGUCCCGCCCACUGCCACCAAAGCCCAGAUCAAAACCGCCUACUACAAGCAGUCCUUCGCCUACCAUCCGGACCGGAACCCGGGCAGCGCGGAGGCCACCGACCGCUUUUCAGAGAUCAGCGAGGCCUACACGGUGCUGGGCAACAAGGCCCUCCGGAAGAAGUACGAUCUGGGGCUCCUGAGCCUGUCGGACCUCAGCGGCAGAACCAAACCCUCCGCCGGGGUCUUCACGGGGGGCUCAGCCGAGCAGCAGCCCGGGAGCAGGCGGUCUGUGACGGGCGCAGAGUUGAGAGACAGGCUGUAUGACUUCGAUGAGUUCUAUAAGGCCCACUACGGAGAGCAGCUGCAGAGGCAGAGAGACAUCCGGCUCCGGAGGGAGGAGAGGCUGAAGAGGGAGGACAGCUACCAAGACACGAAAUUUGACAACAUGAUGGAGUUCGGAAUUGGUGUGAUGCUGCUGUUGGCUGUGGGGAUUGUAUUUAGCUUAGGGAAGUGAGGAAAGUUUGGUGGAUGGAUAAGCUCGAAUAGGCUGCUGCUCGUUUUGUGCUUUAAAAGCUGCAAUAUGUAACUUUUAAAUAAUUAUUUAAUCAUAUUUGUCAAAACUUUUACUAUGUUGUGACAGUGUGUUAUGAGACAGAUAAUCUGUGAAAAGAUUGAUCUACUGAUAUUGCCAUCUACUAAAAUGCACCACUCCAACCAAAAACAACCAAUCAGAGCCAGGAGGAGGGUCUUAGUGCUGCUCAUUAAUCUCAUGUACUCGCUGCUCAAUGUGCCAAUGGAGGAGAAACGACUUACUGUUACAGGAAAACCGACUAUCCGCCGUCAUCAGUGGCCAUGCUAACUUUCCAGCUUUAGCAUUCACUGCAGGCUCUGCUAUCAGGAAAAAACGACACCAUCAUAGCGAGAAAGGGGAGAGGGAAUGAGCAGCACCACAUGGAGGAUGAUUGACAGCAUUAAGACCCUCCUUCUUCCUCUGAUUGGGAAAAAACAAUCGAGUUCCUCUGCUUUCUAGAAACAACCACAGAUUAUCUGCUUCAUUCCAUUCUGUAAUGACAAACAGUUUCGACAAAUGAGUCAAAAAAUAAAACAAAUAUAAAAGUUACAAACUGCAAACAGAAUGACAGAAUGACAGACAGACACAUCCACAGCUGGAUGAUUCUACUCUUAGUCUUACAAAACCCAGGCUUUGAUUAUUUUGGUUUGAUAAGAGUUCAUAAUGUAUCUGUUUCAUCAUUUACUAAAUUUUUCACUUGCUAGUUUGGAAUGUCUGAUAUAUAAUUUAUAUAUCUCCACAAAAUGCAGUAAUCUUGUGUAUAUUUCAGAAAACUUCUGCAUUUCCUCCCAUUUUUGUUUAAUUUGGUCCAUUUGAACUAUAUAAAAUGUGACAGAAAGUGAAACCUGAUCAAACCAAAACAAUUUUAGACACAUUUUAGACACAUCCUUGCAUUAGACUUGAUAAAUGAUUAUAAAUCGUCAGGGUACAGAAAGUUUUGUGGAGGAAAGAUUCAAGUUUGUCUUUCACAAAUACAAAACAACAAAGAUAUUAGUUGAUGGAAUUUUAAAACAACGGUAAUGUAAGAACAUAUUAAUUUAUCUCCUCAUUUCUUUAGUGCAUAAAACGUUUAUCAUUGUAAGAUGAUCUGUUAUUAUUUUGCACAUUGGUGGAAAAAAUGUUGGAUUCAGGAACAUCAUGUUUUUCACCUAAUGGAUAUUUAAAUCUGUUUAACUCUGGGAGGUUUGGUGGCUGGGAUUCCUGAUUUCUCUCUCUGCUCAUGAAGUUUAUAAUUCGACUCACAGCCACUGGAUAUUUUAUUUCAACUGUUUUUGACUUUCAUAAAGUUAUGUAUCCUUUAAGCUUGUAAAUUUUAUUAAGUAUUUAUGAAACGGAUAAAGCAUUGUAAGCACUUUUAAACAACUCCAGUGAUCUAAGAUCAGGUUGUUAUUCUAAAGGAAGUGCCUUUGAUGUUUACUGUAGAUGUUGAACGUUAUAUUGUUCCAGAGAUUAUAAAAUAAUCCACAAACGGCUCUGGAGCCUUUGACUUUGCCUCUCCUAACCAACUUACUCCAUUAAGCAGCUGGGCGACGGAUCCAGGCGGCUCUACGACGGUGGAUUCUGUGUAAAAGUAUUUGUGCCUUAGAAACCUAUAAGAGUUUUGUAAUUGUGUUUUUUUUUUUUUUUUUUUUUUGCAAAUACAAAACAGUUAGAAAUCCUUCAAUUUCUCAGUACAAGAACACAAAUGCAUUUUUUGUCCAUCUUGCAUUAUUCCAUAUCUUUAAUUUGAAGCUCAUUUUUUAGCUUGUUGACUAAAUAUU